CCAUGCGCCACUGGCUGCCUUUGUAAAAUGGCGGCGCUCAAGCUACUGUCAGCUGAUAUAUUCCGGACACAGUUCGGGAAGAUUACAUCAAAGACUUUGAAUAUUUUUGCAGUGAAUCAGCAUAAGAAACAAACACCCCUGACGGAGCAGAGCAGUCGAGCCUUUGUUCUAUCCCCGAUGUCCAGAAAUGAAAGUUUGAAGGCACAGGACGCCAAAUCAUCCGCUGGAACGCCAACAAUAUUUUCAAAGAUAAUUGACAAAACUAUACCAGCUGAUAUCAUUUACGAAGACGACAAGUGCCUGGCGUUCAGAGAUGUUAAUCCUCAAGCUAAUGUCCAUUUCUUGGUCAUUCCGAGGAAACCAAUACCUAUGUUGGAUGACGCAGGUGCAGAGGACACAGAGUUGCUUGGCCACCUUCUAUUGAUAUCGAAGAAAGUCGCUGCGCAGGAAAGUCUACGAGAAGGAUACAGAAUAGUGAUCAACAAUGGAAGGCACGGUUGCCAAUCCGUCUACCACUUGCACGUCCACGUCUUGGGGGGUCGUCAGAUGGGCUGGCCUCCUGGAUAAGAAUUAUUAGCGCAAGUUUGUGCACAAAUAAAUUUGCUGUCAGAAUGAUGGCACAAAUAGG